AUGACAUCAAACAUUGUAGAAUCAGUAAAUGCGGUCACAAAGGCAGCUAAGAAUUACCCCAUUGUAUUCUUGCUGGAGUCAUUGCGACAAACAGUAUCUCCUUCCAACCAAACAGUGUUCUCCGUGAGCGAUGAAAGGUCCACAUUUGUUGUUGAUAUUGAGCAACGUACAUGCACUUGCAGGAUGCUACAGGUCAAUUUGAUGCCUUGUCUACAUGCAUUGGCUGUAAUCGCACAUACAAAAAGGGAUACAUAUUCUUACUGUUCCUAUUAUUACACAAAGGAAGCAUAUGUAAAUGCUUACGAAAGUUCGGUAUAUCCUGUUGGAAAUCCAGACGAGUGGAGAGUGCUCGAUGAAGUAGAAUUCCAAAUUAUUUUAGCUCCUAACUAA